CCUUGCACCAAACCUGGAAGUGGCUGCACCAAACCAUCACCGUCCACGAGUACCUCAUCGCCCUGACAGCGUCCCAUAAAAACGUUUUUAUGCGAUACGAAGCAACCUGUUAGAGACAUUCAGGGCACAACAUUUAAACCGCGUCCCAAAAUGGCACUAGUGCAACGCAAAUUCGUUAUGAGUGCGAUUCUCUCGCGUUUCGCUCGCGCUUAUUCCACCCCAGUCCAAGAAAAAGACAUUAAAAAAUCAGUAUUUAUCUCGCAAUCCAAAGACAUUUUCACUAAUUUAGCCCUCGAGGAUUGGUUGUACCGAAAUUUCGAUUUUACCAACCACCAUGUCUUAAUGCUCUGGCAAAACGACCCCUGCGUCGUUAUCGGCAGACACCAAAACCCAUGGCUUGAAGCCAACGUUCCAAGUCUCAGUUCUAUCACCGAACAAGGGGUCCCACUCGCUAGACGCAACAGCGGCGGAGGCACGGUCUUCCACGACCAAGGCAACCUCAAUAUGACCUUCUUCACCUCCAGGAAUCACUACAACAGGAAGUACAACCUUGAAGUCAUCACCAGAGCCCUUUUCAGGGAGUACGGACUCAAACUACAGAUCAGUCCCAGAGAUGACCUUACUUUACGCAAUUGCAAAGUUUCCGGCACUGCGGCGAAAUUGGGGUGUCCUAGCGCCUACCACCACUGCACCCUUUUGGUGAACACCAACAAGGUGCACCUGAGUGAGGCCCUGCAGCGCUUGGACGUGGGCAUCGAAACGAACGCAACAAAAUCCACCAAAUCGAAGAUCCUCAACUUGUGUGAGGAAAACCCGAAGAUCAAGGUUCCGGCUUUGUACAAAGUGAUGGGUUGGGAGUACUUGCGCACCCAUGCUUUAUCGGUCAAAGACGGCGGGAUGGAGUUGGCCAACCAGCAAAAGGGCUUCCAAAUGGUGAACCCCACCGAGAAGUGGUUCCCAGGGAUUGAGGAGAUUCGGGACAAUUUGCAAGGUUGGGAAUGGCGUUUCGGGAAAACCCCAAAGUUUACAAUCAGUCGCUCGUUUACGGUCCCGGAGCAUUUGAUAAGUCAGGAUGUGCCGGAUGAUUUAAAGGUCACGAUGGUGGUGGAGGGGGGUAAAAUCAGCGAUGUGAAUUUGUAUGUUCCACCCGGUUUGGUCGCAAACGGUUUCAGUGGUAAUGUUAAUGUUAUAACUAAUCUUAUUGGGCACAAAUUUUCUGAGGAAGCAUUAGAUAACCUGGAAUGGUCUCUCGGGGCUCUUGUUAAUGACAAAGAUAAGUUUGUUACUGAUUGUGUUAAGCAAGUUAUGCAGUCGGUAUGACAGAAAGAUGAUUAAUUAUCUCUUCUGGCCGAAAUAUGUUCCUAAUAUUUUCCUCAGCUAGUGCCAUUUUUCUUUUAAUUAAAUUAUCAUCACAUAUUUUUAACUGGUAGAUAAUUGUGUUAUUUUCUGAUAUUCGUUAUAUUUAGAUUAAGUUCAAAACCGUUUCAACAACGGUCAACAAGAAUUAAUCAUAUCAUUGUUAACUUACAUUAUUAAUAAUUGACUAAUUUUUUUUUCGUUUCUUAUUAGAAUGGAGCGGAUGCGGAGCCUGAAUUUUGUAAAUAAAUUUAGUUAAGUAUUUUCUUUAGUUAGCCAGCUUUUUCCUUAUUUACUGCUUGUUUAAUUUUUCUGCAUUUUUGUGUUAAGAUGUUGUGCCUUCAAAUAUGUAGAUUUAAUACUUUUAGUGAUAAUAAUAAGUUAUGUAAUUAUAUCUUUGGAUAAUAAAUGAACUUUUUGAAAGGUAA